GCCCAGACUAAGAGAAUCCGCUAAACAAUCUAAAUAUUGGAGACGGGAGAAUGUUUGAAUGAGUAAUUCUCUUCCAGUUCAGUUUGUUGUGUUUGGAAUUGGACGUCGUUUACCAGACGUCGCACAGAAUUAAUUGGUCAGCGUGGAUUGUUACGCCGCCGCCGCUCUCCUAGGCCUAGAUAGCUGACAUGGAUGUUACUAGAACUACGCUGGCGUUCCUUCUGGUGACAAUAGUAGGAAUCAAGGGAAAGGAGUUCGUUACAGUGUGCUACAUAACAAGCUGGUCUCUCUCCCGUCCGAACGAAGCCAUUCGCUAUUCUUUCAAAGACGUUGACACGUCACUGUGCUCUCACCUCGUCUACGCAUUCGCGGUUCUUGAUGACGUCACGUUAGAGUUACUCCCCUCUCCUGGUGACGACACUUAUCAGGGACGCGCGGGAAAUUACGCCCGCUUAAACAGGCUGAAGAAAAUGAGACCGGAACUAACGACAUUGCUGUCAGUAGGAGGUCAGGAUAAGGCCGCUACGGCGACGUUUCUAAAGCUUACAAGAAAAACACAGUGGAUUAGAAAGUUUGUCAGGUCGUCAAUCAAGUUUCUUCGAGACCGUGACUUCGAUGGACUGGAUAUAGACUGGGAGUACCCCGACGCCCCGGAGAAUGCCAAGAGACAGUUCUCAUCUCUCUUGCAGAUCGUCUAUGAUGAGUUUGUGAAGGAAGCUCGAGAUACUAACCAGAAACAACUCCUUCUCUCCAUAGCCGUGUCUCCUGGAGAACAGAAAAUUCACAAAGCGUAUGAGAUAGCGACAAUUUCCAGAUAUGUAGAUUACAUUUUUAUCAUGGCAUACGAUUUCUUCGGGUCCUGGAGUAGAUUGACGGGUUUUAACAGUCCGCUCUUCAACCGGUCGUCCGAUCCGAGAUUUGAUCCCAUUUACAAUGUCGAUUAUGCGGUUAAGGUUUGGCUGAAAGGCGGCGCACCGCGAGACAAACUGGUCGUAGGACUGACUGGGGCUGGGUCUAGCUUCACCAUCAACCCCAACUCGACGCACGAGGUCGGAAGUGACGUCAUUGCAAAGGGCAAACCAGGCGAUUUGUUUGCUGAGGAGUCUCGACUGAUUUAUCCGGAAAUCUGCAGAAAUAUUGAUGCAGGCUGGAAGAGAGUUUUCGACACAGAACAAAAAGUGCCAUUCGCUUACAAGGGAGAUCAGUGGGUCGGUUACGAGGACCCAGAGAGUACUGUUAUCAAGGCUGACUACAUCAUUCGAAACCAGUUAGCUGGUAUUAUGUUCUGGGAACUCAGCUUUGACGACUUCUCUGGUAAAUUUUGCCAUGAAGGAAAAUACCCGCUGCUCACAGCUAUAAGGAAGAAACUGUCCAAAGUGAAGCUGGAAUCAAGACCAACGGUUGAUCCAGAUUUUAGACUGCUUGUGAAAGGAGACUGUUUUAAAUUGACUUCAAGUGUGGUUCCAUUGUUGCUGUCAUUGUUUGUUGUAUAUUUAUGAACUGUGGUUUAAGAUAUCGUUUUUGGAGAUAUAAUUUGUUCUUGCGUUAUGUCAUCAGUAUCUAUAAAUAUAUGUCAUUUUGUAUUUAAAGUACCACAUUUGUAUGAAUGUGUGUAUCCGAUGGUUGGGAGAAAUAGAAUUAAAUGAUGUGUAUUGCGAGUGCGUCUUUGGGUAUGUUUGAGAGCGAGAGAGAGUGUGUGUAUGUGUGAGAGAGAGAGAGAGAGAGAGAGAGAGAGAGAGAGAGAGAGAGAGAGAGAGAGAGAGAGAGAGAGAGAGAGAGAGAGAGAGAGAGAGAGGGGGGGAUAAAGAUAGGGGAGCGGGAGAGAAAAUAAGAGAGAACAAAUAUUAGGAUGUAAAAUAAUGGUAUGAGUUAAUAGUUUAACAUUUUCUUUAGUACAUUUCUUAUCACAAAAUAAACUUGCUUUGAAUUGGA